AUGCCCUCCUCCACAUCCGCCGGCGGCGCUUCCUCCACCCCCGACGCUCUCGAAUCCGACCUUCUCACAAAGCUCGCUGCUACAUCCGCACUGGAAGAUCUCCAAGAAACACUUCUCGGAUCUCUUCACCGCCUAGGCUGGACCGACAAAGUCACUACCCUUGCCACCGAACUCCUCCGCGCUGGCCGCUGUGAGACUUUUGACGAUGUAAUGGAUGCAGUUGUCGCCUCUGCUGAGGGCAGGUCACAUCCAGCGCUGGGCCCGGCGCCAUCUUCCCACAACCAGAAUGGUGACGCAAAACAAAAUGGGUCCAAGGGGAACCCGACCAACGGUACCGCACUCAAUACCCGAUUUGAUUCAGAAAAAUACUUUGAAGGGGUCGAUGUUCGAAUCCCAGAAGCUGUGGUGGGAGAAGGCGUGCGCGGCCUCAAAGAUAUACUACGGGACAUGGUUGAUUUAGAGGGUGAAAGCACUACAAAUGGGGAUAAGAAGUAA